UGGUCAGUUUGUCUUUUUUUGCUUUGAUUGGCUGCGGAAGGAGUUUUAAAAAUUCUGCGGCAGGUUUUGAAGCCGUUUGAGCUACUGAAAAUAUUUUCAUUUUCCGUUUUCAUUAUUAUUAUUAUUAAUAAUAAUAACAAUAAUACUAGCGUUGGUUGUAUAGUUUAUCUCUUCUGGUGUAGCAAGCAUGUCGUUUCCAAGGGCUCCUUUGAAAAGAUUUAAUGAACACGUCGGCUGUGCUCCUCCACCAGGAACAUACGACCUGAAGUCUGGCGAACUGAAGGGUGCCGCUUCCUUCCAGAAGGCAGAGCGCUUCAGAUCACAGAAACUCGGACCACCCGCUUCCAAAGAUGUGCCCAUGUCUCCAGUGCGCAGGACCAUGUCAGUUGAUGGCUUGGUCGAUAGUGCAAAAAAGGACAAGAGCAGCUUUCAAGUUGAAAUGAAACAGCGGAAGCUGCUGGAGAAAGAGAUCCGGUCGCUGGUUCAGCAGAGAGGAGAACAGGACCGCAGGCUACAGGCCUUGGAGGAAGAGCUUAAGAGGCUGGAGGCUAAACUGCUGGCUGCUGUGAGAGAGAAGACAGGCCUUGCAGCUAAUGUGGCCUCCCUUGAAAGACAGCUUGCUGAGUUGAAGAAAACCAACGAGUUCCUCAAGAGCAAGGUUUCUGCAGACACCACGAAGAAGAGAAUCCACUCACUGUCUAUGGAGCUCAUGGAAGCGAGAAACAAACUGGAUGUUAAGGACAAGGAGCUGAGUUUCCUGCAGAUCAGCUCAGAAGGCAAAGUAAAGGUGUUGGAGACAGAUCUUGAAGCUUCAAGAGCAACUCUUAAUGCUAUUAAGGAGAGGAACAAAGAUCUUGAGGGCCUUCAUGAAGAGAUGAAAGUUCACAAUGAGGAGUUGGAGAAAGAAAUAGAUAAGAUGCAUGCUGUUAUACUGGAGCUGAGGGAGGAGGCCAAGGUGCUGCAGAGCUACCUUGAUGCUGCAAAUGAAGAGAUUCAGGAUCUAAAAGGUAAACUGCAGGAUAAAUCCGCAAUGGAGCGCCGCGUCUCGGAUUCUCAAGAGAAACUUGGUGAGGUGGAGCAGAAUUUAGAGCAGCGCAUGGCGGAGCUCCAGGAGUCUCAGAGCAUCCUGAAGAAGAAGGAGCAGGAGCUUCAGGAGUGCCACAUCACCCUUGAGGAGCGGCAGAGAGAGCUGGAGCAUCACAAGUGUGAGCUGGAGGCCUCUCGGGCUAUGCUGAAAGAGCUGGAGGAGAAGAACGUACAGGCAGCGCACGAGCUCAAGGACUCGCAGAGCACAGUGAAGCAGCAAGAGCAGGAGCUGGCUCGAGUGAGGGAUGUGCUGAGAAGAACGGAAGAGGAGUUGGACCAGCGUGUGGCCCACAUGAACGAGCGUUGCUUGAGCAUGGAGGAUGAGAGAGCCAGGACACAGGAGGAAGGGCUGAAGAGAGUACAGGAGCUGCUGGCUGAGGUUAGCUCACUGGAGGAGAGCAAAAAGUGUGAGAAAGAAGCUCAUGACAAGCUGAAACAGCAGCACUCUGCUCUUGCUGAACAGUUCGAGGAAGAGAAGGCUCGUAAUGACUCCCUGUCCAGCAUGAUGGCAUCUCUGCGUGAUGACCUGGAGAAAGAGAGGAAGCAGUUGGAAGAGGAGCUGGAAGAGGUGCUGGAGGAAGUGAACGUGCUCGAGGAGCAGGACAAGUUCCUGCAGGAGGCCGUCCAUCUCCUGACACAGGAGAAACUCUCAAUGGAGGAAGAAUUGAACAGCACCCGUUCUGAUCUAGAGAGGAGCAAAGCAGAGACACGGACUUUGGAAGAGGUUCAUCAGGAGACUGUGAAGAAACUACAGGAUGAACAAAACAGCUCACUGGGAAAGAUAGGCGACAUGACCACUGAGCUAGAGAGUGCCACACAGGCUCUGAGUGCGCAGAGAGAGCAGGAUAAGGCUCGUGUACAGGAGCUAAAGGAGGAGCUGAGCAGAAUCACUCAGCAACUGCAGGAUGAACAGAAUAAACUCCUUCACCAACAACACACUCAGGAAAAGGAGAGGGAGGAGUGUGCCAGGAUGUUAUUGGAGGUCCAGACUAAGCUGGCCCAGUGUGAGAUGGAUUUAAGGCAGGCCAGGGAGGAAGUAGGACAGGAGCAAGAGGAGAAACGACAGGCCCUGGCUCAGCUGGAGCAGACCCGGCAGUGUAGGAGGGAGUCUGCGGAAGGCAGGGUUCAGGAGGCGCGGAUCCUACAAGAGCAGGUGGAGGUGCUGGAGCAGGAGAAGGAGCAGCUCCACCAGCAGAUGGAGCAGGAGAUGGAGCAGCUCCACCAGCAGAUGGAGCAGGAGAUGGAGCAGCUCCACCAGCAGAUGGAGCAGGAGAUGGAGCAGCUCCACCAGCAGAUGGAGCAGGAGAAGGAGCAGCUCCACCAGCAGAUGGCGCAGGAGAAGGAGCAGCUCCACCAGCAGAUGGCGCAGGAGAAGGAGCAGCUCCACCAGCAGAUGGAGCAGGAGAUGGAGCAGCUCCACCAGCAGAUGGAGCAGGAGAAGGAGCAGCUCCACCAGCAGAUGGAGCAGGAGCGACACGACUUCAAUGAACAGCUCAAAAAGGCGCAAAAAAGCACAUCAAAUGACGAGACUGCACACUGGAGAAACUUGUAUGAACAGCUCUACUCUAAAGUUAAGCCCUUUCAGGAGCAGCUGGACGGCUUUGCAGCUGAGAGGGACGUGUUGCUCUCUGAGAAGGGGGCCACUCAGGCUGAGCUGAAUAAGCUGGCAGGUGCCUAUGCCAACCUGCUGGGCCAUCAGAACCAGCGACAGAAAAUCAAGCACAUGGUCAAGCUCAAGGAGGAGAACCUGGAGCUCAAGCAGGAAGUGACUAAGCUGAGGGCAGAGGUAGGGAAGCAGAAGAGGAACCUGGAGCAGCUCAAGUCCAGCCAGGUCCCACGCCGGUUUGACCCCAGCAAAGCCUUCAAACACGAACAAAAAGAGAACCAGCAGCCUGCAGUGUCUCUUAGAUAGAGCGAGGAUCUACAAAUUGGUUAUGAUCUCAACUAAUCUGCGGUUGUAUGAAUACAUGAUGUAUAGUCACAUUGCAAUUCCCACAUUGUGUUUGUAGGAUUAACAUAUACUUUCUCACUCAAAGAAUGUAUUGACGAUCUAGACAUUGCUAAGAUGAACCUGGAUAAGCUGUUCUUUGUGGAUUUUGUCUGUGAUGUCUUACGUCAAGCAUUCGGGGAAUUCCUUCUACACUUAGGUGUUAUUGUUCUGUUAUCGGACACCGAGGGUGUUUUUUAUUUAUGUCUGCUUGUGUGUUUUGGAUCACCAGUGCUGCAGGACUUAAUAUGGGAAUAAAUAUAUAUAUUUUAAAAUGAGUAAUAUUUUAAGCAGCUCUUUGUUUUAGGCCUGGAUUACCCAACUACUAGAUAUGUUAAAAUAUGUAUGUGGUCUAGUUGGCUGUAAGAUUGGGUUGUGCGUGCUCAUCCAUUAUCUUCACUACAAUUCUGAUUCAUUUAGUAACCUUUUGAACUUGGUUUCAAUCUAAUUUCGUAGUCCUGUUAAUCCAAUUUAUAUUUUCAAUCCAAUUGCUCAACAUAGUUCAGCACAUUUCAUGUACCAUAAUUUGAUUACUUGGCUGCUCUUUUCUUUGUUCUAAUCCUUGACUUUUUUAUUUUAUUUUUUUAAGCUUUUGGAAAUCUUUUCUUACAUGAUUUUAAAUAUGAUAAUUGUUUUGCUAUGUAGGACAGUUAUUUACUAAUAAAAAAAAUAAAUACAUAAAAACAAUUUCCACUGUAGUUGUCAUUCCCAUCCCCUCCCAUUACUGUUCUCCUACUGUUA